CUCCCUCAGUCUGUGUGACUGUACUCUUCAUACUCACACUGUCUCUCUUCAGCUGCAGGAUACAUCAACACCACGCAUCAGAAGAGCUGUCAAUGAUCCACACUCGGAUAUGUCGCUCUUAAUCCACUUUGUCACUUUUCUGGCCCUGUGGUGGCCCUGCUGCAGGGCUCAGUUCCCGGAGUUUGCAGAUGUGUGCACGGAGGGCAGCUGUUAUCCCGCCACAGGUGACCUGCUGAUCGGCCGCGCGCACAAACUCACCGCCUCCUCCACCUGCGGACUCAAACAUCCCGAGAAAUUCUGCAUCGUCGGACAUCUGGAGGAGGAGAAGAAAUGUUUCACGUGCGACUCGAGCAGGAUGUUCGACGAGGACAGCAACCAGAACAGCCACACCAUCGAGAACGUGGUCACCACCUUCGCUCACAACCGCCUCAAGACCUGGUGGCAGUCGGAGAACGGUGUGGAGAACGUAACCGUCCAGCUGGACCUUGAGGCCGAGUUUCACUUCACCCACCUUAUCAUGACCUUCAAGACGUUUCGGCCGGCUGCCAUGAUAAUCGAGCGCUCGAUGGACUUCGGGAAGUCGUGGCAGGUUUAUCGCUACUUCGCCUACGACUGCGAGUCGUCUUUCCCCGGCGUGUCCUCCGGGCCGAUGGUCAAAGUGGACGAGAUCCUCUGCGACUCGCAUUACUCCGACAUCGAGCCGUCCACAGAGGGAGAGCUGAUAUUUCGGGUGUUGGACCCCGCCUUCAGGAUUGAUGACCCCUACAGUCUGAGGAUUCAGAACAUGCUGAAGAUCACCAACCUGCGGGUGAAGUUCGUCAAGCUCCACACGCUGGGUGACAACCUGCUCGACUCCCGAGACGAGGUGACGGAGAAGUACUACUACGCCCUCUAUGACAUGGUCGUCCGCGGCAACUGCUUCUGCUACGGCCACGCCUCCGAGUGCGCACCGAUCGACGGAGCCCCGAAAGGAGACGAGGGCAUGGUGCACGGCCGUUGUGUUUGUAAUCACAACACAGAGGGACUAAACUGCGAGCGCUGCCAGGACUUCUACCACGAUUUACCCUGGAGGCCCGCUGAGGGGCGAAACACUCAUGCCUGCAAGAUGUGCGAGUGCAACCAUCACUCGACAUCGUGCCACUUCGACAUGGCCAUAUACAAGACGACCGGCAACGUGAGCGGAGGCGUGUGCGACGACUGCCGACACAACACGGUGGGCCGGCAGUGCGAGCAGUGCGCCCCCUUCUACUACCAGCACCCGAACAGAGACCUGCGGGACCCCAGCGUCUGCGAGCUGUGUAACUGCGACCCCGUCGGGUCCCUGCAGGGCGGUCUGUGCGACUCGAGGACCGACGUUGCAGCCGGGCUGAUCUCAGGUCAGUGCCGGUGCAAAGACAACGUGGAGGGCGAGCGCUGCGACCACUGCAGACAGGGGUACCACGGGCUGGGACAGGGGGCGCACGGCUGCCUGCCUUGUACCUGUAACCCGCUGGGAACUCUGCAGGGAGGAAACUCCUGUGACUCCAAGACGGGAAGUUGCUUCUGCAAACGUCUCGUUGACGGACAUAACUGCGAUCAGUGCAUUCCUCAGCACUGGGGUCUCUCCAAUGACAUGGACGGCUGCAGACCGUGUGACUGCGACCAGGGAGGAGCCGUCGACAAUAACUGUGACCCUCACACAGGACAGUGUGUGUGCAGGGAGCACAUGUUUGGUCGGCGCUGCGGUCAGGUCGAGUCCGGCUUUUACUUCAUCGCUCUGGAUCACUACACCUACGAGGCCGAGGACGCCGAGCACGGACCUGGUGUGACGGUGGUACACAGGCCUUACCCUCUGGAUCGCAGUCCCACCUGGACCGGUAUGGGUUUUGUCAACGUGCCAGAAGGAGCGUACUUAGAGUUCCACAUCAACAACAUCCCAGAGUCCAUGGACUAUGACAUCCUUGUUCGCUAUGAGCCUCAGCUGCCGCAGCAGUGGGAGCAGGUGAACGUCCGAGUUCACCGUCCCGUCAUCAACCCUCCAAACUAUUCAGGUCACUGCAGCAACUCCAUCCAGAGCGAAGACGAGCAGCUCAUCUCUCUGCCGCCUGGAUCCAGACACGUGCUGCUGGUGAGGUCGGUGUGUUUCGAGAAAGGACUGAACUACACGAUCCUCCUCACUCUGCCUCGCUACUCGUCUGUCAGCGACGUCCAGAGCCCGUACACACUCAUCGACUCUCUGGUGCUGAUUCCUCGGGUCAGGGAGAUGGACAUGUUCCACGGGAGCGACGGCGAGGGAGCGUGGGACACGUUCCAGCGUUACCGCUGUCUGGAGAGCAGCCAGAGCGUCGUCAAAAGCCCCAUGACCGACAUCUGUAACGACUACAUCUUCAGCGUCUCCGCUCUGCUGCACAAAGGAGCCAUGGCAUGCCAGUGUGACCCUCAGGGCUCCCUCAGCGCCGUGUGCGACCCCAGCGGAGGUCAGUGUCGGUGUCGACCGAACGUCGUGGGCAGGAACUGUGACCACUGCGCUCCGGCCACGUUCCUGUUCAGCCCCGCCGGCUGCAGACCCUGUGGGUGUGACCUCGCGGCCGCCGUCAGCGCCUUCUGUCACGAGGCGACCGGUCAGUGUCAGUGCGCCCCGGGGGCCACGGGGCGUCAGUGCUCCCACUGCCUGCCGGGUUUCUGGGGUUACCCUCAGUGCAGGCCGUGUCAGUGCAACGGACACAGCGAGUUCUGCCACCCGCACACCGGAGAGUGUCAGGGCUGCAGAGACUUCACCACCGGACAACACUGUGAGAGGUGUUUGGAUGGUUACCAUGGCGACCCAGAGUUGGGCUCAGGUGAUCACUGUCGCCCCUGCAUGUGCCCCGACGGACCCCGCAGCGGACGCCAGUUUUCAGACAGCUGUUACCUCCUGUCCCCGUCCAACCAGCUGGUGUGUGUGUGCAGCGCAGGAUACAAAGGCGCCAGGUGUGAUCAGUGCGCCCCGGGUUACUUCGGGAACCCUCUGGUCCCCGGGGGCCGCUGCCUGCCCUGCCAGUGUAACAGCAACAUCGACAUGCACGACCCGGCGUCGUGCGACGCUCGGACGGGCGCCUGCCUCAAGUGCCUCUACCACACCGAGGGCUACGCCUGUCAGCACUGCAGGCUGGGUUACUACGGCAACGCUGGCACUCAGAGCUGCAGGAAGUGUAUGUGUUACUCGACGGGGACGGCCCCUCAGGCCUGCUCGUCCCCCGAGGACUGUCAGUGCAAUCAGAUCGGCGGUCAGUGUCCCUGCCAGCCCAACGUGGUCGGUCAGAACUGCGACCGCUGCGCCCCCGACACCUGGAACCUCGCCAGCGGGACGGGCUGCGAGCGCUGCUACUGCGAUCCCGUCCACUCCUUCGGCUCCUCCUGCGAUGCGGUCACAGGACAGUGUAUGUGUAAACCUGGUUUUGGUGGCAAGACGUGUGGGGAGUGCAGAGAGCUCUUCUGGGGCGACCCGGAAAUCAAAUGUCACGCUUGUGACUGUAACUCUCUGGGAAUCUCCAGCGAGCAGUGCCACCGUGCGACAGGCCAGUGCACCUGCGUGAAGGGUGUGUCCGGCCUCAAGUGCGACGAGUGUGCCCGGGGCUACCAGGGCGAGUUCCCCAACUGUGAACCCUGCGACCCCUGCUUCGCCGUGUGGGACACCGUGGUCACUGAGCUGACCAAUCAGACCCGGCGUCUGGAGGGUCAAGUCGCAGAGCUGCAGACGACCGGGGUGACGGCGCCGUAUAAAGAACUGAUCGGCAGUCUGGAGCGAAACAUCAAGGCUGUCAAGGAAAUCAUAGAGAGCAACCCUGCAGGAGUGAAGCUGGAGCAGGUCCAGGAGCUGAUGAACCACAUCACAGGCGUGACGUCCUACGUCAACAUAAAGCUGAACACCACAGAGGAGAGCCUGAACCUCCUCCACAGCGAUGCCAACGCCACCGACGCCAACCUGGACGCUCUGACAGACGAGGCUAAUAAACUGGAGCAGAGCGUCAAGGACCUGAGACAGGAAGUGUACAACGCCAAGAACGCCAACAUCCAGGGUGCUAUGGACACUAUUUCAGAUGCACACUUUAAGUCCACGAUGGCAGAGGGCCGCGCCAACGCCUCCACCAGCAGCCCCGGAAACACAGUGGAACAGUCGGCCUCGGUACGGAAAGCCACAGAGGACAAACUGAACAGCGGUCAGAAGGAGUUCAACCGCAAGCUCGAAAGAAACACGCAGAAGCUGGACAAACUGUCCGACGAGCUGGAUAACUUUGACCUGACGCCGAUCAGUGAGAAGACGUGCGGUGGCGCGGCCGAGGGUGAGAACUGCUCCGGCUCUCCCUGCGGCGGUUUGGGUUGUGUCGGCGAGGACGGGGCGCCUCGGUGCGGCGGGGACGGCUGCAAAGGCGUCGUCACGACCUCCCAAGCUGCUCUGAAAUCAGCCAAAGACCUGGACCAGGAGAUCCUCACCGCCAUGCAGGAGGUGGACAAGCUCUCCAGGCUGGUGUGGGAGGCAAACACGCGCGCAAACAAGGCUAAAGUGGACGCUCAGACGGUGCUGGUCAAAUCCAACCAGAGCAAAGAGCGAGUGGAGCAGAGCAACGAGCAGCUGCGCAGCCUCAUCAAAGAGAUACGAGACCUGCUCACCAAUGACAAGGCCAACGUGUCCGUGAUCGAGGCGGUGGCCAACGAGGUGCUCGCUCUGGAGAUGCCGACGUCGUCCGAGAAGCUGAAGGAGCUGACGAAGGAGAUCCGGGAGAAGGUCGACUCUCUGACCAGCGUGGAGACGAUCCUCAGUCAGAGCGCCGAGGACAUCCAGUCGGCGGAGGCGCUGCUCAAAGAGGCCAAGGCUGCAAGUGAGCAGGCGGCUAACAUGAAGGAGACGGCAGAUGUGGUGAAGGCAGCCCUGGUCGAGACCGAGCGCGCUCAGACCAUCGCCAUGGACGCCAUCGAGCUGGCCCAGAACAACACAAAGGGAACCCUGGAGCUGCUGAUCUCUGUGGAGUCUGAGACGGCUGAUUCGGAGCUGAAGCUCAGCAACACGACGGGUCGUCUGGUUCAGCUGGAGCGGGAGGUCGGCCUGCUGAGACAAAACAACCUGGAGGUGAACCAACUUGCUGAGACGGCCGACUGGGUCUCGAACCAGGCCAGACUGACCGCUGAGGAAGCCCAGCAGGAGUUUGACGAGGACGUGAAGGACAGAUUGGAGAAGGUGGAGGACCUGGUGGAGAUUAAAGGGGAGUCGGUGCUGCAGGCGAAAAGGAAAGCAGACGAGCUGCAGAAGGAGGCCAGAGAGCUGCUCGCUCAGAGCAGCAGCAAGCUGCUGAGACUCGGAGAGUUGGAGAUCUCCUACGAGGAAAACCAGCGGACUCUUGAGUCCAAAGCUGCCGAGCUGGCCGAGCUGGAGCAAACGGUGCGCCGGGUCCUGGAGGAGAUCAGCUACAAAGUGACGCUGUACAGCACCUGUCUGUGAUCAAUCACCUGGACACAGCGUCACCUCAGACUCUUUACUGUUCUCAAAGGUUUCAGCUGGGAUUCUAAUGUUUUCAAAACACUACAGGAGCCCUGAGCAGACGUGCAUACAUAAAAUAUAAUUUACUCCUUUCACCUGUGAUCACGAGUCAUUUCCAGUCGUUUUCCUGAGAUCGACUUAUUUAUCUCAUCAUCUCAAGAUAUCAAUUUUUACAGAUUAAUUUAUGUCUUUAUCUAAAAAUAGCAAAGUUUGUUUUCUCAUGAAGAUUUUCAGGCGAUCUAGAAAAACAAACAGCAAGCUGGUCACUGAUUGGUCAGCCCACACUAAUGAGGAAAGUCGAGACUAUUUCUAUGAGUGCUUUUGCUUUUCUCUGAGUACAAGAUCAUUGAAUCUCGAGGACACAACUGGAAGUUACUCGUCAUCACUGGAAAGCUGAGUGAACUUAUUAUAUGGAUGCAUGUCUGCUUAGGGCUCCAGUGAAAUACAGCUGUCACCCGAGUGUUUGAAAGCUAUCACGAUGUUCGACCCUCAGUGCCAAAAGUUUUGUCUGGUCGUGUCUCUGCCGACGACUUAACACUCAGCCGUGCCAAAAAGUGUUUUAGCAAUUGAGACGAGUUUCAAAGCUGCCAAAGUAUUAAAGUCCCAAAAGGAAACCACUAAAAGCCAAAGUGACCUCAGUGCUUCAAACACAGAAUGUGUAGAGAAUAUACGAUGAAGCUGUAUGAGAUUUAAAUAUGAGACUAUUUGAUAGACAUGUUACAGUUUUAUACUUCCUUUGAAAGCCUAAAUAUAUUUAACAGUAAGAGGAGCAGAAGCAUUUUGUUAACGGUUCUGUGACCUCAGAGAAAUAUUGAAUUGAAAAAUAAAGUUUCUCAAACAUC